UCUCUGCAGCCGGGGGUGGGCGGAUCGGGGGAGCACGGCGGCCGCCGCUCCCCGCCGCACGUUGGGAGCCCGAUGUCAGCGCCGGUACUGUGGUUCUCUCUGUCUCUUCAGGAGAAUGCGUUGGUGCCCGCCACGCUGCUGGAGGGGAUGCUAAGGGGAGCGGAGGCCUGGAACCCUGCGCGCACCGCCCGCCCCAUCCCGCUCUGCCUCUGAGUUGCACGGAGGCGUCGGCGACCACUCACCUCCUGUCGAGAAACGCCGCAGCCGCCGUCAGCCCCUCGAGGAGAAGGCGAGCGUCUCCCCGUCCGUCCGCAGGAGGGGACCGUCUGCACCCGGAGUCGCCGCUGCCGCCCGCCCGAGGACCGCAGCCGCUACUUGCGGACGCUCGGCGAGGCCGACAGCCAUGGGAGCCCGACCCGUGGGGAGUGCUCCCUAGCGCGCAGGCGGCUCCGCUCCGCCGGGCAGCUAAGAGCCUGCGGCGCGGCGACCAGAGGACUGCAGCCGCCACGGGGAGACGGAGCUGCCGUUGCGACGAGGAGCGCCCCAAGGACGUGACACCGCCAGUGUCCGGCGCUGCAGGCCGCCAUGGGGGAACAACCCAUCUUCAGCACCCGAGCUCAUGUCUUCCAGAUUGACCCAAACACUAAGAAGAACUGGGUUCCCACCAGCAAGCAUGCUGUUACUGUGUCCUACUUCUAUGACAGCACAAGAAAUGUCUACAGGAUAAUAAGUUUGUAUGGCUCAAAGGCAAUAAUUAAUAGCACUAUCACCCCCAACAUGACAUUUACAAAAACAUCCCAGAAGUUUGGCCAAUGGGCAGACAGUAGGGCAAAUACAGUCUAUGGCUUGGGAUUUUCAUCUGAACAUCACCUUUCAAAAUUUGCAGAAAAAUUUCAGGAAUUCAAAGAAGCUGCACGACUAGCAAAGGAAAAAUCCCAAGAAAAGAUGGAGCUAACAAGUACACCCUCUCAAGAAUCAGCUGGAGGGGACAUUCAGUCUCCUUUAACGCCACAAAGUAUUAAUGGGACAGAUGACGAGAGAGUGAUGCCGGAAGUGACACAGAACUCAGAACCAAGGGCUGAACCAACCCAGAACGCAUUGCCAUUGACCCAUAGUUCGACAAUCAGCAAACAUUGGGAGGCAGAACUGGCCACGCUCAAGGGUAAUAAUGCUAAGCUCACUGCAGCCCUGCUGGAGUCCACUGCCAAUGUGAAACAAUGGAAGCAACAGCUUGCUGCAUAUCAGGAGGAAGCAGAACGUCUUCACAAGCGAGUGACUGAGCUAGAGUGUGUGAGCAGUCAACCCAAUGAAGUCCACAUACAGAAAACAGAAUUAAACCAGACAAUACAGGAGUUAGAGUCUACACUGAAGAAAAAAGAAGAGGAAAUAGAAAGAUUGAAACAAGAAAUCGACAGUGCCAGAGAGCUCCAGGCACAGAGGAAUUCUCUGACCCAGAAGUUACAGGAAGUAGAAAUUCGAAACAAAGACCUGGAAGGCCAGCUGUCUGAUCUAGAGCAACGUCUGGAGAAAAGUCAGAAUGAGCAAGAAGCUUUUCGCAAUAACUUGAAGACACUUUUAGAAAUUCUUGAUGGAAAAAUAUUUGAACUAUCAGAGUUACGAGAUAACUUGGCCAAGAUAAUAGAAUGCAGCUAAAGAAAAUGGGAUUUU